CUCUUAUUUCCAUGCAUUUUGUUUUUUUCUAAUUUUCCUCUCCCACUGCAGGUUUCAGAUUUUUCAGAGAAAUCCCUACACACACACUGCAUUUGUUGUUUCUAAAGGGAAAAAAGCAACUUUUCUGUCGAAUCAUAUUCUUUAUUUCAAUUUCCAUUUUGAGAUGACGUGGGGUAGGUAGUGAAAAAUCUUGAUCCUCGUUUCGGGCGCGUCUAUAUAUAAAAGAAGCCUUUAUUAUACACCAUCUCACCCCUCUUUUCAUCUUUUUUAUCGUGAAUCAAUCAAAUAUUAUCCCUUAAGCAUCUUUCUUUUUCUUUCUCUUGUUGAUAAUCAUAUAUACCAAUUCAUUGAUUCUGCAUUUACACUCAAUUCCUAUCAUCGUCUCAACAUGGUUAAUUCACUCGACCUAAAAUUGCCAGGCUACAUGGUCUACUGUGUAGUCAUUUCUUGUCUUGGUUCCUUCAGCAACGGCUGGGUCAUUGGUUCUGCAAACGUUCCUGGUACGGUUACUCACGCUUGUCAAAACGGUUCUGCUCACGUCGUUAGUAAAGCUUUUCCUGAUUGUCUUCCUAUGAAUGAUGCUCUUUGGGGUUUCGCUGUCGCCUCUUUCUGUGUCGGUGGUCUUGUGGGUGGUUUUUUCGGUGGUGCUAUUCAAACUAAAUUUGGUCGUAAAAAGACCAUUAUCUUUAAUAAUAUCGGUUGGAUCAUUGGUAGCCUCUUGAUUGGUGUCUCUGUUCAUACUGCUAUGUUCAUCGUCGGUCGUCUUUUCUGUGGUAUUUCUUGUGGUUUGGGUUCUCUUACUACCCCUACUUACGUUGGCGAAACUUCCACUGUGAAAGCACGCGGUACUAUGGGUACAUGUAAUCAGUUCGCUAUCGUUAUCGGUAUCUUGCUUGCUUCCGUGAUCGGUCUUCCUUUGGCUUCUGUGCCUCUUUGGAGAAUCAACUAUGCUAUUGUUGCCAUUCCUGCUAUUGCUCAAUUCAUCUUGAUGUACGGUUGUGUCGAAUCUCCUCGUUGGCUCAUCUCUCAAAACCGUCUCGAAGAGGCUCGUGCUAGUCUCCAACGUCUUCGUCCUGGUGCUGACGUUGAAGAAGAGUUCUACAUGAUGGUCGAAGGCGUACUUGGUACUGCUGCUGCUAAAGCCAUGGUGAACUAUUCCUCUGCCAACGAUGAUGUGGAUGAACGUAAGGAUACUUUUGAGGAGAAUCAUCUCGAAGAUGGUUCUGAAGACCAAGAUGCCCGUCCUCAAAUGAACAUGAUUCAAAUUUGGAGAGAUCCUACUAUCCGUAAGAUCGGUAUCAUCGUCCUCAUGCUUCACGUUAUCCAACAAUUAAUCGGUAUGAACGCUGUCAUGUACUAUUCCACCACCAUUUUCAACAUGUCUUUCGAUGCUCAAAUGUCUCAAUAUAUGGCUAUCGUCACCACCGUUGUCAACUUUGUUGCCACCAUCGUUUCUCUUAUCUUGAUUGAUCGUAUGGGUCGUCGUCCUCUCCUUUUGAUUGCUGAAGCCGGUGCAUGUAUUUUCUCUGUUCUUUUGAUUAUCGGUUAUGUCUACCAAAUCGGCGCUCUUUUGAUUGUAUCUGUCUUUUGUUAUGUCAUCUCCUUCGCUAUUGGUGUCGGCCCCAUUCCUUGGAUGCUUACCUCCGAAGUUUCUCCUGUCUAUGCUUCUUCUUCCAUCGGUGCUCUUGCUACUGCUAUGAACUGGGCCAUGAACUUCUUGAUCGGCCAAUGCUUCCCCAUCAUCUUUGCUGCCAUCCAAGGUUACUCCUUUGCUAUUUUCGCUGCUAUUGCCCUCGCCGCUUUUAUCUUUACCUGGUUCUUCGUUCCCGAAACCAAGAACCGUACUAUCGAAUCCAUUGUCAGAUCUUUUGAACACUAGAUUAAUGUCUUCCCACCUGUAUUUUUAGUUUUUCUUUUUUUAUUAUUUUUGUUUUAUCAUUUUCUUUUACUAUCACAUAUUACCAUUUACCUUGUACAAUAGUUUCCCUUUGCAUUCUAUUCUCUUUUUAUUUUAGCUAUCAGAAGAAA